UGUUACCUAACAAGUCCAACGACACUUUGCUGUUCUCCCCUCUAAAGGGAACACUGGCCUGGGAUUAAAGCACAGACCGCCAAGCCAAGUAUCAAGGUCUGAGCCGUCCCAAGAAGUGGGCAGCCUCCAACUGGGAACCUUCCACACCCUCUUCAAGUGACUUAGAGCAGCACCAACAGUCACCAUGAAAGUUCUAAUCUCUUCCCUUCUUCUGUCGCUGCCCCUAAUGCUGAUAUCUGUGGUCUCUAGCAUUCCAAAUCCAGGGGUUGCCAGACGUCACAGGGACCAACACCAGACUUCUGGGAGGUGGCUCAAGGCCGGUGGCCAAGAAUGUGAGUGCAAAGAUUGGUUCCUGAGAGCCCCUAAAAGAAAACCCAUGACAGUGCCUGGACUGCCACAGAAGCGGUGUCCCUGCGAUCAUUUCAAGGGCAACGUGAAGAAAACCAGGCACCGAGGGCACCACAGGGAGCCAAACAAGCACUCCAGAGCCUGCCAGCAAUUUCUCAAACAGUGUCAGCUAGCAAGCCUUGCUCUGCCUUUGUAGGAGCUCUGAGAGCCCACUCUCCCAA